UGUGUGUGUGUGUGUGUGUGUGUGUGUAGGUGGGUGUGUGUGCGCGUGUGUGUGUGUGUGUGUGUUCUACAACAGCACGUCUCUGUUUCGACCCUCUCUGCAGUAUGUUUGCUCAUUAGAGUUGCAUCCUCUGGUCUUAAAGUUAAAACAGUCAACAUGAGAUGCUCCUGCAGAUCUGAAAGCCGGGAUCUCCUUCAGUGGUUGGUGGUGAUUGGUUGAUGAUGGUGCUGUUGGCGCUCUGUGUGUUUGCAACUGUGUUCAACUGCCUCUCUGCCUCUGCAGAAGUCUGCACCAAUGCCUUACUACCUGGAGCUAAAGGAGACCAAGGUGAGAUUGGAGAGGAGGGAGAUCAGGGAAAACUGGGAAAGAAUGGACCUUCAGGACCUCCAGGAGCAUCAGGAGAGACGGGGCUCAAAGGAGAGGUGGGCCAAACAGGAAAGAUGGGCCCUAUUGGGGACGAUGGUAACAACGGCGAUACAGGUUUGGAGGGACUCACUGGUUUAAAAGGGAAACCAGGCACAACAUGUGACUGUGGCAGAUACAGGAAGGUGGUUGGACAGCUGGAUGUCAAUGUAGGCAAGCUGAGGAAUGCUGUCAAGUUUGUGAAGAAUGUCAUCUUGGGGCUGAAGGAAACAGAAGAGAGGUACUACCUGCUGGUGAAGGAGCCUAAGAGGUUCAGAGAGGCUUCAAUGAACUGCAAGUUGAGAGGAGGCACCCUAGCCAUGCCAAAAACCAGCAACACCAACCAUCUAAUGGCAGACUAUGUCAGUCAGGCAGGAUUGACAAGAGCUUAUAUAGGAGUGCUGGCUCAAAGCAAGGACACAAAUGGAACAAGCAGUUAUGUAUAUGCAGACUCCAGCCCUCUGCAGGGGUUUGCAGCUCGGAGCCCAGAAGAGGAGCUCAACUCCAAAGUAUCUCCCCGCACCACAAACUCAAGCUGUGUGGAGCUGCUCAGCACUGGGGCAUGGAGUCAUGUAGAGUGUGAAGCCGCCAUGUUUUUCAUCUGCGAGUUCCCAAAGAGCAGGAGAAGAGGAGGAAGUCCCGCUUCGGUACCAUCAUGAGUCAACGAGACAUUCAGACUUGCAUGCAAAAGAGAUAUAAGUAUACAUAGGACUGGCAUUUAUAGAAGCAUAAGCAUUACAUUCAAAGUCCUUUCUCAGUAAGAUUUUUUAUUUUGGUUGCAACCGUACCCUUAUAUUCAUUGUCGUUAAAUAUGUGCAUUGCUUUCUUGAUUCAUUGAUUUAUUGUUUGAUUGAUAAAAAUGCCGAUCGCAAUUUCCCGACACCUUCAAAUGGCUCGUUGUGUCCUUGUUUUGUAACCAGCAAAUAUUAACAUUUGAUAAAGCAGAACCAUUUCCUUUUUAGCUGUCAUUGUUGCAGAUUCAUUUCCUGUUGAUAUUCUGGACGAGCCAUGUGCAAAAACAGAGAAAUAAUGUAAUAUACAAAUGUACAAAUAUACAAGCAACAUAGAAGCAGCAAGUGUUUCUGGUGCUGUUCCCCAGACAGGACCCUGCAGGAUCCAGAGUAGCUGCUGAUCGAAGCCUUUUCUGUUUUCUUCGUGCCUGUAUCAAUUUUCUUGCAUUUUUGGAUAUAUUAAAAAAAGAGAUUGUUGAAGCUUUA